CCCUCCAAAUUUUCUUCAAUGAGAAGAAUGAAUUGUCUUCUCCCGUUUAGAAAACAUCAUAAUGCUCAAAAUUUCUCAUCAACUCCAUCCCCCUGUCUUGACAACAAGUGUUAUUCUGUUGCUUCGAUCUCAUCCACUCCCAUCCGAAGAACAACAAACUAUCAGCCGAGCCCAUGGGAUGACAGCCAAAUACAGUCUCUGAACAUUACUUCUUUCACUGGAGAUGUGCAUGUAAAGAGAAGAGAGGAGCUGAAGGAGGAAGUGAAGUGGCUUAUUAAGGAGAAGGGAUUUGCUGAUCAGCUGGAGCUUUUUGAUUUACUGCAAAAGCUUGGAGUGGCCUAUCAUUUUGAAGAGGAGAUCAAAGAUUCGUUACAUUUGAUGAGAACCUUGGAAGAAGAGUUAAGAAUGACUAACGAUGCUUAUGUCAUGGCUAUGUAUUUUAGGCUUUCAAGGGAGCAUGGCCUUGUGGCCUCCAAAGAUUUGUUGGUUCAAUGCUACAAAGAUAAGAAUGGGUCCUACAAGCCUUCUGUACUCCAUGAUACCAAAGGAAUAUUAAGCCUCUAUGAGGCUUCAUUUCUUGCUAUGGAUGGGGAAGAUGAGCUAGAUGAACUAAAGGAGUUUACUCUGAAACAACUAAGAUAUCUAAAGACAUCAAAUUCUUCAACAAAUCCAAAGCUUUCAGAGUACAUAGCCAAAGCCUUGGAGCUUCCUCUCCACCAUAGAAUUCCAAAGCUUCAAGCUCCAAUUUUCAUCCGGCUAGCUCGCGACAUAGAAGAAGUUAAUCCGGACCCAAUUGUAAUAGAAUUCGCUCAACUCGACUUCAACAUGACUCAAAGCAUCUACAUCAGAGAGCUCAAGGAGAUUACAUCGUAUGUAUAGCUUGUUAAUUUCCUUAUAUAUGUAUAUAUGCAAGAAUGUGUCACGUACUUAGAUCAGUUGGUCGUGCAUCUGUUUGUCCUCUGGUUUGGGUUUCGAUUUCCU